CUAUUUAACGACAGCAGCAGUUCUUGGAGUAAUCAGACCUGACCUUUGACAACAAACAUUUUUACCAUUGCUAAAUAUUCUACCCUUAUGACCUUUUCUCUGCAACUCAGAAGAAAAAUCUCAGAAUAAUCAAUCAAUUCUAAAUGGGGGAUCAGAUAGCGAGAGCAGAGGAGUUCGAGAAGAAAGCAGAGAAGAAGCUCAACGGCUGGGGAUUGUUCGGCUCCAAAUAUGAAGACGCAGCCGAUCUCUUCGAUAAAGCUGCCAAUUCCUUCAAGCUCGCCAAAUCCUGGGAUAAGGCUGGAUCAACAUAUGUAAAGUUGGCAACUUGUCAUUUGAAGUUGGAAAGUAAACAUGAAGCUGCCCAAGCUUAUGUUGAUUCUGCUCAUUGCUAUAAGAAGACAUCUGUAAAUGAGGCCAUAUCUUGCUUAGAGCAGGCAGUAAAUCUGUUUUGUGAAAUUGGAAGGCUCAGCAUGGCUGCGAGAUACUUAAAGGAAAUUGCUGAAUUAUAUGAGUCUGAACAGAACAUUGAGCAGUCUAUUGUUUACUUUGAGAAGUCAGCUGACCUCUUCCAAAAUGAAGAAGUUACAACUUCUGCCAAUCAGUGCAAGCAGAAAGUAGCACAAUUUGCUGCUCAACUAGAACAAUACCAGAAGUCAAUCGUGAUUUAUGAGGAGAUAGCACGACAGUCACUCAAUAACAAUUUGCUUAAGUAUGGAGUUAAAGGGCAUCUUCUUAAUGCGGGCAUUUGCCAACUCUGCAAAGGCGAUGUUGUAGCCAUUACCAAUGCAUUAGAGCGAUAUCAGGAACUGGAUCCAACUUUUUCUGGAACACGUGAAUAUAGAUUCUUAGCGGAUAUUGCUGCUGCAAUUGACGAGGAAGAUGUUGUGAAGUUUACUGAUGUUGUCAAAGAAUUCGAUAGCAUGACUCCGCUGGAUUCCUGGAAGACAACCCUUCUAUUGAGGGUGAAGGAAAAGCUGAAGGCGAAAGAACUGGAGGAAGACGAUCUUACCUGAGAUUUUAUAUCCAUUGGUUGGUGUUUUGCUUUUGUUAAUGAUGAUUUCAUUGUAUUAUGUGAUCGUGUCUGGUUACUCUUACUUUACAAUGUACUUUUAAUCCGAUUGGUUAUGCUUAAGUUUGUGUCCCGAGUUUGUAA